AUGGCAUGUCUCUGCAUCAAUCUGAAGAAGAAGCUCAAGAAACCAAAAACAGACAACAAUGGUGAACAAAACACUGAGUUACAUAACAGAGAAAUAACACAACAACCUCGUCAAAGACAAACAGCUCCAAGAGCCAAUUUCCAGAUCGUGGUGCAACCUCAUAAACUCCCUCUUCCACUUCCACUUCCAAUUCCUCAGCCUCAAGAACAGCAAAAGCUAAGUAAUCAUCCAAAACAAAGCAGUCUACAACAACCGGAACCAAUCUUAGGUAAACCAUUUGAAGAUGUUAAGGAGAAGUAUAGUCUUGGCCGAGAAUUGGGUCGUGGCCAAUUUGGUAUAACAGAUGAUGUAAGAAGAGAGAUACAGAUAAUGCAAUACUUAUCAGGACAACCAAACAUUGUGGAGAUCAAAGGAGCUUAUGAAGACAGACAAAGUGUUCAUCUUGUAAUGGAGCUUUGCGAAGGCGGCGAGCUCUUUGAUAAGAUUACUAAACGAGGUCAUUACUCGGAGAAAGCAGCCGCGGAGAUCAUUAGAUGUGUGGUUAAAGUUGUACAGAUUUGUCAUUUCAUGGGUGUCAUUCAUCGCGACCUUAAACCCGAAAACUUUUUGUUAUCCGGUAAAGACGAAGCUUCCGCAAUGCUCAAGGCUACCGAUUUCGGCGUCUCGGUUUUCAUCGAAGAAGGGAAAGUGUACGAAGACAUUGUAGGAAGUGCAUAUUACGUUGCACCGGAGGUUCUAAAGAGAAACUACGGCAAAGCAAUCGAUAUUUGGAGCGCCGGAGUUAUUCUUUACAUUCUUCUCUGCGGCAUUCCUCCGUUUUGGGCCGAGACUGAUAAAGGAAUAUUUGAGGAGAUUUUGAGAGGAGAGAUUGAUUUUGAGUCAAAACCAUGGCCAUCGAUUUCGGAGAGUGCUAAGGAUUUGGUGAGGAACAUGUUAAAGAGUGAUCCCAAGAAACGGUUUACUGCUGCUCAAGUUUUAGAACAUCCGUGGAUACGAGAAGGUGGAGAAGCUUCUGAUAAGCCGAUUGAUAGUGCGGUUUUGUCGCGGAUGAAGCAACUUCGAGCUAUGAAUAAGCUUAAGAAGCUUGCAUUGAAAGAGCUAAAAGGUCUCAAGACGAUGUUUGCGAACAUGGAUACCGAUAAAAGCGGUACAAUCACCUAUGAUGAAUUGAAAACCGGAUUGGAAAAACUCGGUUCGAGGUUAACCGAAACCGAAGUUAAACAGCUCUUAGAAGAUGCUGAUGUAGAUGGGAACGGUACGAUCGAUUACAUUGAGUUUAUCUCGGCUACGAUGAACCGGUAUAGAGUGGAAAGAGAAGAGAAUUUGUUCAAAGCUUUUCAACAUUUCGAUAGAGAUAAUAGCGGGUCUAUAACGAGACAAGAAUUAGAAACGGCCAUGAAAGAGUAUAAUAUGGGAGAUGAUGCUAUGAUUAAGGAGAUUAUCGCAGAAGUUGAUGCUGAUAAUGAUGGGAGUAUCAAUUAUCAAGAGUUUUGCAAUAUGAUGAGGAGCUGCUCAAAAUCACACCAGUCCAAAUUGGUUCAAUCAAAUUGA